AUGAACAAAUUGGUGAUUCUGGGACUUCUCGCGGGGUCUGCGAUGGCAGUGCCAAUGCCGGACAACAACGAGCUACAGACGAACAGGGAUCUUGAUUGUUUAGAGCAAGAUAACUCGCUGUUCAGCUGCGUCUUCGUGAAGACUGUCAGUGUGCUGGAUAGAGCUUCUAGGUCCAGCGACAUUGAGAUACUCGACGGUGUGAAAUUCGUCAGGGAAACGCCCAUGGAACGUAGCGGAAAAGACUUGAAGACGGAAAUGGACUUGAUGAACGAACUACCAAGGGACACAUCAGACCGUGCCGUCAAGCUUGCAAGCAUGUUGUACGAAUCCGCGAUGUCCUUCCUGAAGUCUCACAGCCUGAAGCUGAGCAUGCCCGAGGAGGGUUCAAUCUCCCGCGCAUUGAACGAAGGUCGCGCAAAGAUCAAGAAAAUGGCGAUGCCCCUGAUCGCCGCCGCAGGAGUGAAACUGUUCGCCCUGGUGCCCCUCCUCCUCGGAAGUCUCGGCCUUCUGGUCAUGAAGGCUCUCUUCGUUGGCAAGAUCGCCCUCCUCUUAGCAGGAGUGCUCGCUUUCCAAAGACUGUUCGGCGGUGGCAGUAAAUCAGAAGGACCUACCAGCAUCUUCAGCAAGAACGUUCAACCAGCAUCUGGAUGGUUUGACAAUGCUAAUCAAGCCUGGCCAGCAGGUGCAGCGGCUAGUGGUCAAUCUCAGGGCUACUACAAGAGAAGCUUCGAUAUCGAGAAAGAAAAAGCUGACGCUCAUUCGAUGGCUUACUCUGCUCAAGCACCCAUUACGAACGAAGCUAAUUAA